UGUUCCUAUUUUAUUUAUGUAUUGGAAUGCAGCUUCUGACUAUGGCAUGAAAUUGCCAAUCUUGCGAUCCAACCCUGAGGAUCAAAUUCUCUACCAAACGGAACGCUACAAUGAGGAAACGUUUGGAUACGAGGUCCCUAUCAAGGAAGAGGGCGACUAUGUCCUUGUACUGAAGUUCGCUGAAGUCUAUUUUGCACAGUCCCAGCAGAAGGUUUUUGAUGUGCGUUUGAAUGGCCAUGUGGUGGUGAAGGACUUGGACAUCUUUGACAGAGUUGGACACAGCACAGCCCAUGAUGAGAUUAUUCCCAUCAGCAUCAAGAAGGGGAAGCUGAGUGUCCAGGGAGAGGUUUCUACAUUCACAGGGAAGCUUAACAUUGAGUUUGUCAAGGGGUACUAUGAUAAUCCAAAAAUCUGUGCACUGUAUGUCCUCGCGGGAACAGUGGAUGAUGUUCCAAAGCUUCAGCCUCACCCAGGCCUGGAAAAAAAAGAGGAGGAGGAAGAUGAAGAGGAGUACGAAGAAGGGUCCAGCCCUAAAAAGCAGACCAAUAAGAACCGGGUCCAAUCAGGCCCCCGCACACCAAACCCCUAUGCCUCGGACAACAGCAGCCUCAUGUUCCCGAUCUUAGUGGCCUUUGGCGUCUUCAUUCCAACCCUAUUCUGCCUUUGCAGGUUGUGAAAAAGACAGCAAGCACAGUGGUCUGCAAGCCAGGGAGGAGGAGUUGGGCCGGAUGCGGAGUCUGUCCUGGCUUCUCCAUAUUGCUCAUAAUUUAAGGAAAAUAAUGGCUUGUUAAGGAGCAGCAGGUACAAUAAAGGGAGAGUUUGCCUCCCCCUCAGCAGAACUUUGGGUCUUGGCCAGCUGUGUGCCCCAAGCAGGACCUUUCCUGUCCAGAAAGUCUUGAAGCAGAACCUGGAUAUUUUGGGCAGUGAAUCCUGUGACGAGCAAGAUGGAGUCAAAAGGGGAGGGAGGAGGAAACAGGAGGGCACAGAACCCAAAGGUUGGCUGAAAAGAAAAGCAGACUUGGCCACUGACCACCCUUGCUGGAAUGAUUCACAGGUGUGGAGUCGGGGGUGGGUGGACAUCCGCUAGAGUGUUUGUAACUCAGCACAUGGUACUUCUUUUCUUUCCUGAACAAGAAGACUCACCCUUAUGGAUUGAUCUUUGGUAAAAUGCUAUUGGUUAUGGAACAGGUUGAACAGGUUAUCUAGGUCACCUGCUCUGCCAGGCAUUCUGAGAAGAUUACACUUUCAGGCAGGUGGUUUCCCUGGUCCUGACAAUUCUGGCAGAAGUCUUGGAUUAUCUUUGGAGAAUUCCCUCUCACUCCCUUGUGUAACUUUAAUCUGGUUUCUUCCCCCACCCCCAGCCCAUGCCAUGCUUUCACUCCUAGGACUUAUUCCUCUCCCCAUUCCAUGUUACAUGGCAAAAGCCUGACAGGUAGAAGCUGGCCUUCCAGAGGAGGUGUAGGAAGUUUUCCUGAAGGCCUUCAGUUUUUCUUGUGCCUGGAGACUUUCCACAAUCUAAGAGGAUGUCUUCUUUUUUCUGCUUAAGAAGUCCAGGGCAAGGAAAUCUCAAAAGCUGUCAUGUCCUUGAGCUUCUUGAGUGGUUAAGUUCUUUUAGGCUCAGUUUCAAGGCAACUUUUGAAAGAGAUGCAUGCCCCUCGAAGGGAUCCUGUUGACUGUUCCUUUCUCAGUUCUUUCUGUGGGUGCAAUCUGAAGUGAUCUUAAAAGGUACUCAAUGCCAUGGAAUGCAGAUUGUAAGGUAGCAAAUACAGGGUUGCUUGACUAUCUACAACCUAGAGAAAGAUUCCCUCCUUAGGUUGUUGUGACUACUGUUGUUAUCUUUUCUAAAUACUUACAGGGAUCUAAGGAGUAUUUCUCUCUCUCUCGAUGUGGCUUUCUGGUUUUCCAUUGCUAUAGUUAUAUAGUGGAAUCUGGGGGAAACAAGGCAGAGUAGAAGUCAUUUUCCUCAAUGGCCUUUUCAUACAGAGCAAGCAUUACCGAAUGGCUGUGCUUGUACAUCAGUCCCAGUUGAUAUUCAGCUCAUGGUGAUUGCAGCCCCACUGCACCCCUGCUCUGCCAUAGCUCUUCCUCCAUAUGCCUAACCCACUCCCUUUGGUCAUUUUGCCUAUGCCGUCCUGUGUGAUGGUUAUGGCCUUUCUUGGGCCUUCGUCUUCUCCCCCACCGUAAUUCCCUUGCAUGUUCUCACAUAGUUAAAAAGUGUCAUAUGAUGUCAAAUCAUACCGUGGAUGACUUUUUCUUACUUUGGUGAUCCUGCUGCCAGUUGCAAGAGUGGUCCAGAUUGAAGAUGUCAGUCUUCACCAGCAAAUUUCACCUUUCUUCUCAGAAGAUUGAAAUGUUUAAUGUUUGUUCCUACAACCUGUCCUGUUUUUCCAGUUUCAGCGUGCUUAAUUUUAAGGCACUUGCCUGGUUUCUUUCUAGGUACAAUCUCAACAAGGAAAUGACUGCUUUACACAGCCAUUUUCUUUUCAUACUGUUAGUAAACAUAUUAAACUCAGACAGCUAAUCUCUUUCUCCACAUGGCCCAGAAAAUCGUCUUCCUCUCUGGACUUGGCCUCCUUUUGGACAUUUGGCCCCAAAGUAAAUUCUUCUUUUCUUCAUUUUAUUUAUUUAUAUAUAUUUCUAUUAGAGGGUAGUGUUAUGCCCCCAUGCAUUUAACAUUCAUUUCUUCAGGAAUAAAAUCCAUUUGGCUGAAAAUGCUGCCAGGGAUUUGCAACAGUCCUCAGCUUGAAAGCUUCCAUUUGCUCUUUCUCCUCAUGGCUGUAAACUUUCUUUGACGGAGGUCCACAUUUGAUAGAUAUAAAUUUCAUAGCUGCUAUUGGUGAAGUGACUUCUGGGUUACGCUACGUGAGAUGGUUGAUACGUGCUAGCAAAAUAUGGCAACAGAUACAGCUAGGGAAACGGCACACCUUCACUGUCUCACACAGGUUACCCAGAAGUAAUUUCACCAAGUCCCAUAUUCUUUUAAUCUCAACUCGGAAGAAUUUGAUUCGGAAGCUGUUUAGAUGUUGCAGGUCCAGACAGAUUACUCUGUUCUUCAAAGGAAGUGGAUGUUAUGUGAGCUCAGGUACCUAGCCAUGAGGACAAGGGCUGCUUUUAUCUUGAUACUGAUACAUUUUUGAGUCCUUAAUCUUUAAACAAAAGCCCUUGUGGCUGUUUAUUUAGGGGCUGGUUUAUAUUUUGCAAGUAAACAGAACAGAUAGGUUGCCUUGCCUCGCUCAUACCCUAAUUUGUCCCACUUGAUUUGUAAGAAUGCACGUUUCCUCCACAAACUGAAGCAAAUGGAACAUAGAGGAUGACCAAGUGGGCUAUUGUGAGGGCUCAUUUCCAUUCCCUUUGCUCUCCAGGGGUAGAGGAGGCAAACGGUUACUGAUUAUCUUCCGAAACAAUUGUACUUCCUAUCUUCUCCAUUUUAGAGAGCUCUAAAUCCCUCCAGGAAAAGAGAGGGCUUGUUUCUAGACUGGAAGCUCUAUCCCCACCAAAGUCUUUUACACAACUGAAAUUCUGCAUUUCUGAGUCUUGGGGUGUAAAAAAUGACAACUCUUUAUCCUCAUAAGAACAUUUGACUCGAAUCACAUGCUAGUAAGAGUAGCUUUAUCCCUAUUUUUAUAUAUGGAGAGAACAUGGCCCUAAUUUCCCCUUGGAAUUUGGUUGCUUUGAUUGUGACAAGGCAUCCCAGUAGUUUCUUUCUUAGAGGAAAUUGCAGGAAUGUAAAAAUUUGAAUCUGUAUUUGUGUUGCUUCUGCCUUUUAAACUUUUCCAGUUUAAACUCACCCUAACCCUGUGAGCUGGCAGGCUUUGCAUGUCAAGAAGUCUCUUUUUAAGGAACUUGUGUUUUCUAAAUAUUUUGGGUGAGAAAGGGCCCUUGGAGCCCCACAGUCUUCACACUUGCAGAACGUGGAGAAGGUCAACCUUUACAUUUUACUUCCUGCUCUGAGAUGUCACUAACAGUGUGGGCACGUGUGAGGGCUUGGUCUUUCAUUCUUUUAUAGUCUGAAAAUCAAAAACCGGGUAAUCUGUCAAGAGCCUUGCAGAGUGGCCCUCCACAAAGCACAUUGAAACAUCAGCCAUAGAACAGAAGCUGUUUUCCUCCCGCUCCAGGGAUCUUGCCAUUACGACUCUCUGGUUGGGUGUGAGGGACAUAGACCCUUUUGGGAUCUAUAGAAGUGUUAAGACUGCUGUGAUCUGCACACAAACAGUGUUGGUUCAGAGGGUCGGUGGUCAAAUGGCUUAUGUUGCCUUGGCAUCUUGAUUUAGGGGCUGUGGUCCUUUGGGCUCUUCCACCUAAGCUGGAAAUCUUGUGUUUGCAGUGUAGGGUUUGAGCAAAUGGCAACAUGAAUAGAUGAGAGCGAUUCUUUGCCUGCCAGAUGCCAAAAAGUGCUAAAGGUUUUGACUGUUGCCUGCUGUGAGAAGGGACAGUGUUCUGGGUUCAUUUAUGCUGAUGCAGUAGCAUUAUUGGGGCACGAUGGUAUCAGGCUGCCCUUUUCUGGAAUGGUUUUAUUUUUUGACCUACAUCUACAUUUUACUUGCACAAAUAGAAAUCCCUCUCCCCCAGCCAGUAGGGAGAGUAAAUGGUUGCUUUAUAGUCCCUGAGAUCCCAUCAGAAAAAUACUGUUGAAAGAAGUUCCUGUUUUAAUGCAGCAACUCCAUCCAGAACAUCCAGAACACAGAAGAGGAAGCCUGUGGAUCAGGCAUCAUAGUUUACAUUUUUUAAGAGAGAAAAGGGGCCAUUUGAGGAGCCUUGGGAAAGGUCUGCAUCAUCAGCAGUGAAUCCCAAAGGUAAAGCUGUGCUUGGACUUAACAAGUAUUGUAUUGGAUGUAGACCGAGACUUGCUAAAAAUGCGUUCAAUAUAAGUUGGAAAGAUCAGGUGCUGCAACUUGCAAAAAAGAAAGUCUAAGUAAACUGUUGGGCCUCCCUGGUCCCAAAGCAAAAAGUAGAGUUGGGGGUUGUUGCUGUGCGAAACUGUGUCCUAAAGAUCUACAGGUCACCAGAACCUGUAGCUUGCUUUUGAAAAGCCCCAAGACAGCAAGGCCGUAGAAAUGUCUGCUUGAGAAUUUUGUGUGGGCUUUGAAUGCCAGUCUUCCUUCAGGAGCUUGAGGCGUGGAAUGAUCCCUGUUGGCACACGAUGCCUGCUAGCACCUUAAUGUUGCUUCCUAGGAAGCAGAACAGCUGAGGAAGGUGGUGAUAAAGGGAGCGUUGGCAGCCAACCUCCUUCCGAUGCCUUUGGGCUGCCCGGAGGCUCCAAAUUCUCAAGCCGUGCUUGUGUGGGGAUCCAAGAGUGGUGCUUAGCUUCCAAAUCAUUCUUUGGCCAGGGCUGUGGGUGCCCUUCGGUUGGUUUUUUGAACCAUGAGUUAACUCCCUGGUUAAAGGUGUGGGAAGUUAUUGGGGUGCCUUUGGGGAGUGCCUUGUGAGAUUUUUUAGUUCCCCCAGGGAAAGGGCCUGACUUUUUUUUUUUUUUUGAACUUCACUUCCGAAGCAAAUAGGAGUCAGGUCACCUUAUCGCGAUCAGAGUUUGUGUGGAGAUAACCCUUGUUAUCAGUGGAGUAACGAGGCAGAUGCAGGUUCUGAGAGCUGCUGUCUCAGCUGUCAGAUGAUUGAGGCCCCCACCCUUUAUUGUACCACUGUGGAUGCUUUCCUUCUUUCUGUUCGUGGCCCUGCUUGCUGAGAAGGCAUUGAUGUGGCCUCUUAGGACCGCCUAGAUCUUUGCUUCCAGGUUACAAACCUAAAUUGGGUGGAAUCUGGCCUUGCCGCUGGUUCGUCCUUCGUAACUUCGAACUCGGUCCACGAUUCCAAAGCAGGGCGGUGCGUGCAGCUGUCCUCUACUUUGCGUCUUUAAUACUUGGCAGUGCUGCUUCUUGUUACUGGGACGUGUGUAGGCGUGCAUUUAGUAUUGAGCUUGGGCGAGGGGUAAAAAGCACAUAUGACUUGUCUGACUACAUCGGCUUUGCAAAAGAUUUCUUUUCCUGGGGAAGUGAAAUAGGUGUGGGUGAGUUCUGCAUUAAUUCUUCCCUCCACCCCAUUUUUUGGUACAUUUAGCUGUUUGUUUUAUACAUUUUGUUGGUUUCUAUUUUUGUUUUCUCCCAGGAUGUCUGGUUGAGGGAAAUAUUCUGAAAUCUACUGCCUGGCAGUUUUAACCAGCAGUGUGUUAAAAAAAUUAAAUAAAACAAAAUUAUAUUGUCACUUAAA